AUGGCGCUCGGGCUGCUCAUUGCCGUGCCGCUGCUGCUGCAGGCGGCGCCCCCCGGCGCGGCGCACUACGAGAUGAUGGGCACAUGCCGCAUGAUCUGCGACCCAUACAGCGCCGCACCCGGCGGGGGGCCCGCGGGCGCGAAGGCGCCGCCGCCGGGACCCAGCACGGCCGCCCUGGAAGUCAUGCAGGACCUCAGCGCCAACCCUCCACCUCCCUUUAUCCAGGGACCCAAGGGCGACCCGGGGAGACCCGGAAAGCCAGGGCCGCGGGGCCCCCCUGGAGAGCCGGGGCCCCCUGGACCCAGGGGCCCUCCGGGGGAGAAGGGCGACUCGGGGAGGCCCGGGUUGCCCGGGCUGCAGCUGACGGCGGGCGGGACCGGCGGCGUCGGGGUGGUGGGAGGCGGAGCCGGGGGCGGCGGCGACUCCGAAGGCGAAGUGACCAGCGCGCUGAGCGCCGCCUUCAGUGGUCCCAAGAUCGCCUUCUACGUGGGUCUCAAGAGCCCCCACGAAGGCUACGAGGUGCUCAAGUUCGACGACGUGGUCACCAAUCUCGGCAAUCAUUACGACCCCACCACCGGCAAGUUCAGCUGCCAGGUGCGCGGCAUCUACUUCUUCACCUACCACAUCCUCAUGCGCGGCGGCGACGGCACCAGCAUGUGGGCGGACCUCUGCAAAAACGGCCAGGUCCGGGCCAGCGCCAUCGCGCAAGACGCCGACCAGAACUACGACUACGCCAGUAACAGCGUGGUGCUGCACCUUGAUUCUGGGGACGAGGUGUACGUGAAGCUGGACGGCGGGAAAGCGCACGGAGGCAAUAACAACAAGUACAGCACGUUCUCGGGCUUUCUUCUGUACCCGGAUUAG